AUGGAAAUAAAUUUUAUUUAUUUAUUUCAAACGUAUUUCACCGAUAGGUCGUCUGCACAUCGACAUGAACCUGCUCAAAGUGAACGCGGAAGUCCAAAACUCGAUCAACCCAGGAGCCAAUUCAACGUGAAAGGCGAAGUCAAGAGGCAACCCGACGAAUACGACGCGAGCCUCCAAGUUAUCCACGGAGCUGAUCUGUCUUCCAAAACUAACAGGAUCAACCUGGCCGGCAAGCUGGUUAGGAAAUACAAGAGCCCACAAGACUUCCUGUUCAAGUUGGAAGGCAAAGCUUCCUACCCUCUGAUAGGAGUCAAUGGAGAAUUGGAGGUUGAACAGACCCCCAAGAGCGUCAAGUACGACGCAGACCUGCAAUAUAACGAUCUCAAGUUUGGGCUCAGAACUGGACGUGAACAUCAACAAGAAAGAACACGGAGACUUCGAUGUCGAUUUCGAAGUAUACGGCAUGGACAAAAGGUGGAAUUCAAAGCCAGCAGACAAAUACAAGGUGAAGAGAGCAAAAUCAGCAACGAGCUUGUGGUCAACGAUGCCAAGAUUGAAGUCAAAGGAAAAAUCAAGCACCAUUUGCAGCCAAACAAUGUGGAUGUAGGAGCUGAUCUCGUGGUCAUUCUGCCUCACCACAAUGCUCCAUUCAAGGUGAACAGCGGCUUGAAAUAUAACGCCCAAGAAGUCGACGCACACCACAAGGUGGUCAGCGGCAGUACCGUCAUCAUCGACGCUUUCAUCAAGGCCAACCGCCAAGGCACAGCCAACGCCAGCAUCAAGGUCAACGUCAAGGACAUGCUCGUCGUCAACGGUCAACUCAAGGCCAACAAGGGAACCGGCAACGGUGACAUCCUCAUCGACGCCCAGAAUAUCAAGAGCAGGUCAAGAUGGAGACGACCUUUACCAUCCAACCUCCAACCACUGUUAACGUUGAUUUUACGAUCUAUCCCCAGUUCGCCACCGAUAAGAACAGCAAGGUACACUUCUCCACCACCAACAAGUUGAACCCCAACAGUGUCAACUCAAAGAACGUUGUGGACAUUUUGGGCAAGCAAUUGGCUGUGAAUGUUAACGGCCAAAGAACUGGAGAUCCGAUGAAUGGCAAGUUGAACGCUGAGGCUGAGGUUAUUUUGCCUGACAACCAGUACUUGCUGGGUAAGAUCAAUGGGGAUAGGAAGGAGCAGAACGGUGUUAUCAAUGGACAGGGUAUCUUCAGCUUGGAAUACAGAGUGAACAAGAACACCCCCGGACGCAAACUGAGUCUGAAGGCUGUCUCAAAGGACACCAACCCUAAAGAAGGUAUCUAUGACCUGAACUAUAACCUGGCUGCUGACAUCAGUGAUGGAAAGAACAUCAAUGCAGACAUCUCCAUCCAGGCUUCCAAACAAGGAGACGAAAGAACUGUCA